AUGUUAACUCGCACCGUUUGUCAACCGCCGUCCAAAGCGAGGUCUCUUCAGACCAGAGCUGCGGCCUGUGGUGCUCUACGGCCUAUUGGCAACUCACUGCUAAGGGCCGGAAUGAACCAGCAGAUCCGCAGCUUUCGCUUUGGUAUGUGGUCUUCCUACCUUGAUCCUGAAUUCCAGAAAGAGAUUCGACACCGCCAACGUGUGCUUAAGCAUAAAUAUGUCGAAGCAUUUCAUGGAAAGUUAUCAUGGGACCAGCGCUCCAUCGAUAGUCACCCCAAAGUCGUUUUAAAGCAUAUGCUUCGUAGGUAUUGGAGUCCAACUGGACCAAGAUGCGGCUCGCGGUCUGUCGACCAUGGCGAAUUGAACGAUCGGCGACAACAAAGUCGGAUAACUCCAGACACUGGAAAUGUACGCGUGAAAACAUCAUGGGUUCCUGAUUCAUAUGCCUCCUGGAUGAGUAAUUACGGCGAUUAUAUGCGAUAUUCGUCUACCCGUUCGUGGAAGUCUCGACUAGAUGAUGCGAUGGAUCAUUGGGGUGGCAAAGCCUCGAAGCACACGGCCCAAGCAGAGUCUCAUGCACACUCAUCGGAGUCGGCAGAUGCUAAACAUAACCUAACUAAGGAACAAGAACAUGAUUUUGGUGUAUCGUCCAGUGAAGACUAUACUAUUGAUCCGAUUACGAUGCGUAAAAUCCCAAGGAGAUUCGACGGACAAGCCGUUGAUUCGACGUCAUCCCCUGCCAAUUCCUUCAAAUCAUACAGGGCUCAGUUCUCUGCAUUUGCACCACCCAAAGAUGGAGAAAAUCCAGGUCCUACCCAUUCCGACGGUCCACCUUCUCCUGUAGAACUCAAAGAGUAUGGUCAAAUCAAAAUUGACGAGGUACCAUCUCAUGGUGCUGGUGCUAGUGGCGGUCACGACGGAAUACAGGCGUUGGGUGACAAUGUAGAGUCCCCCCGAUAUCCCGUGAUGCAAAGCGAAGAGUACGCCCUAAACCAUCUCCCGCCCGAUGAGCCAGACGAGCAGUAUGAUGACUUUCAUAGAUACCAAGCAUAUCAACGCGACGAACUUGACGAACGGGCCUCAGAACCAACGAAGAGCUAUGAAGAUCUCGAUAAGUAUAAGACUUACGGGGCCAGAGAGGCAGAAAAUGCUAGUGAAAAAACACCACAGAAUUACGAAGACCUACAUGAGUACAAGCCCUACAUUCAUAAUGAAAAUAUAGAUACCGAAAAGCAUACUGAACGUUAUGAUGACUUGGGCGACUAUGGACCAUAUAAAUAUCAAGAAGGUGUGGCAAGAGACAUCCCAUCCACUGAAUAUGAUGAUCUCCAUAAGUACAAGCACUAUAAAGAAGACAGUAUUAAACCAGUGGACGACUCGGCACCCAAGUACGACGACUUGAAUAAGUAUGAUACAAAAAUCUUUGAGGACUCUGCGCCAGAGGAGCAACCUUUCCAACAAUAUGGAGAUCUCGAGCAGUACAGAAUUUUCAAGUCUCAAGAACUCGACAAUGCAGUCACCCAAGAGCGAGAUAUCGUUGCAGAGUCUCUCGAAGAAUUCGACGCAAAAGCGCCUGAACCAACCUUGGAUAAGAACCCAACAUCGAGUAUAUUGGAUGGGCUUCAAAAGCUUGACCUCAACGGCGUAUCGCAGUUCUCGUCAGCACAAGAGGGUAGUCGACCUUCAGCUACGGAAACCGAAUCUCGAGCAAGUCAACCGGGAUUGACUGGUAAUUAUCUCCGUGAUUUCCCAGAUGAUUUUUCGGGAUCAUGGGGUACACCGGACGGGAAGAUAGCAUAUAUUCAGGAGGCCGAGAAGCAAUAUUCAGAUGAGCUUUCCGAGUCUACAAACUCCCAAAAGUUAGAGACGAGCUUGGAUAGACAGCAGACUGAACCGAAGCUGGAAGCGGGUCUCAACCAGCCAGAGGUAAGGUCUACGAGACGCAUAUUUGAUCAUUAUAGAGCGCAGGCCGAAGUUGACCCGUACUCUAAAGAACCACAGGGAUUGGAAACGUCGUAUACCAGGGAAUGUGACGGGGAACAAGCGCCAUUAACCUUCGCCAAAACGUACGGCAACGACUCGAGGGAAACAAUGCUGGAAUCCCUACCAGCGGAAGAUGCCAGUCAAAAGAUUCUUGACCUUAAGCCGCUAUAUUUCAGAGACCCCGAGGUCGACGGGCGACCGCCAAUUUCAUCAUCCGAAUCUGAUCCCAUGCCCGAACCGAACCGAACUACCGAGCCGACAGUGUAUAAGAUUCUAGCCUAUGACCCAACCAUGCAAAAGAUCAACCUCGCCGAAACUACUUCAGUUGUACCUGAUCAAGCAUCUCCAUUGUCACCAGCAGAAGUGCUUCUCCGCCUAUCAAACCCGACAAAAUUCUUUCCACAUUUCGCACCCUUACAGGCCGAGGGCUUCGAGAUCGUAUCUGGCAGUGGGGAUGUGCUAGUCUUUCGUCAAGUUCGACCACUCAAAGUAACAGGUCACGGGGGCGCGUCACCGGUUAACCCUAUAGAUAUGAUGGGGAAACCGGCAGCCUUGCCAAAUGCGGCCGCAUUCGUUUCGCCUACAGGAUUUGUCAAUUACGACGUACCACAAGCUGAAGAGGAGACCCAAGCGCCUGCUUUCCGUUCUAAUAUCGACGUCAGAAGAGAAGAGCCUGUAUUCAGCGGGCCCAAAUCAACGACCCGCGAGGAAGCACGGACUCACCCGAAGGAUGGCGUCGGUAAACGAGUGCUGAUAGGUGGUGCUUGGGUAGCCGGAAUUUCGUACGCUCUUGGCGUCGUUAGCGAAUAUUUCAUAACCGGCGGCACUGACGGUCGGGGGCCAACUGGCUUCUGA